AUGUCAGAGAUUCAAGAAUCCUUUGCGCUUCAGAAGAGAGCAUUCAUAAGAGUGGUGCUUGUCACAUUUAAUAAAGGAGAAGGUCAUCUGAAUCGGAUUUUUGGACUCAGCCAGUACGGGGAGAUCAAGCAGUGGGACAGAAAUAAGUGGAGAGUACUCAGAAAGAUGGCUGAUCAUAAAUUCGCUGACAUUAUAGUUCACAAAGGACUAAUGUAUGCCUUGGAUACUCAAGGCAUUGUGUGGUGGAUUAAUUCUCGUCUUGAAAUAUGUAUGUACGGACCUCCAGUUGAUGAUAACAUCACAUACAGCGAGCCCGGAGACAAGAGCUUUGUGGAAUGCUGCGGUGAGCUUUACAUUGUCGACCGAAUUUGUAACAGACAAGCUGGCGUCUAUUUUCCCAAUGCUGAAACAGUCGGUUUCAAAGUUUAUAAGUUUGAUGAGGAGCUAGGACAAAUGAUGGAGGUUAAGUCUUUGGGAGACAAAGCAUUUGUGCUGGCUACCGACACUGGUUUCUCGGUUUUGGCUCAUGAGUAUUACGGAUGUCUUCAGAACUCUAUUUACUUCAAAGACGGCGAGAAAGAGCUUAAUGUGUUUAAGCUAGACAAUGGUAUUGGAAGUAGCAUCACAACAAUGUCCCAGUUUUCUCAGAGUUGUUUUCAAAUGUUUUUUCCUAGCUUUCUCUGA